AUGUCUAUCGGAUUCGGCUUCUCAGUUGGCAAUUUCAUCGCUGCUAUUGAUCUAGUCGCUACAGUUAUUGAUGCCCUCCGCGAAAGUGGCAACUCCAGCUCUGAAUUUCGCGAAAUCAUACGACAACUCGACGCUCUGGAGGAUACUCCAAGACGAGUUAAGAGACUGGAACUCGACGAUAGGCAACGUGCGGAAGGGAUCGCAUUGCAAAAAGCUGCUUCUUGUUGCCAAGUAACUAUUGAUGAUUUCUGGAAGAAGAUGCAAAAGUAUCAGCCUCAUCUACAAAGUGGCGGCUCUGGGUCAAGAUUGAAGGUUGGCUGGAUGGAGAUUGUAUGGGUUACAUGCAAAAGCGAUGAUGUGAUGAAAUUCAAGGCCGAUUUGGCUGGCCACACAUCAUCGAUACAGUUGUUGAUUACAACGAUACAGUUAUAA